UCUGUUGGUUGUGAGUGUGUUUAUCGGGAAAAACCCCCCUUUUCGUCGACAGGCAGGGAGGAGUCACAGUGUCGCGGUGGGCGAGGUUUGGGCGCGGUCAUGGCGGUGCCGUCGACGGACAUCUUCAAGCUGGGCUUCAUUGGCGCCGGGAACAUGGCGGAGAGCAUCGCCCGCGGCGUCUCCAAGUCCGGCGUCCUCCCGGCGUCCAGCAUCCGCACCGCCCACCCCCGCCCCCAGCGCCAACAGCUCUUCCAGUCCUUCGGCGUCAGCAUCGUCCAGGACAACGCCCAGGUUGUUGAUGACAGCGACAUAGUUAUUCUUUCUGUGAAGCCUCAAGUUGUUAAACAAGUCUUACUGGACCUGAAGCCCUUUUUCACAGAAGAAAAACUUUUGGUAUCAAUAGCUGCAGGAAUUAAGUUAAGAGAUUUGCAGGAAUGGUCUGGUCAGCAUCGAGUAAUCAGGGUAAUGCCAAAUACACCUUCGGCUGUUGGAGAAGCAGCAUCAGUCAUGUGUAUGGGAGAGAUGGCAACUAAGAAAGAUGAAGAACGUGUGACCAGUUUGUUCCGUGCAAUUGGAAAGGUGUGGACAGCAGAUGAAAAGUAUUUUGAUGCUGUAACUGGCUUGAGUGGUAGUGGCCCAGCAUACAUAUAUCUUGCAAUAGAGGCCUUGGCUGACGGUGGAGUGGCUGCUGGUCUGCCUCGUGAUCUUGCUCUUGGUCUGGCAUCUCAGACAGUUUUAGGUGCUGCAACCAUGGUUAAUAAGACUGGAAAACAUCCUGGCCAACUGAAAGAUGCAGUAACUUCUCCUGCAGGAACGACCAUUGCUGGGAUUAAUGAACUCGAGAGGGGGGCAUUCCGCGGUACCCUAAUGAGCGCAGUUAUUGCAGCCACGAAGCGCUGCCAAGAACUAUCACAAUCAUAAAACCUAGCAAUUUGCAUCAGUCUUUGGCUCAUUUCGAUCACCAACCCACAGCUUGCAUUUUCACUGGCCAACGGAGUCAGAGGGGCUAGUUCUCAUAAAAUAAGGUGUCAUUUCCUGUCUCAAGGAUAAGUUAACAGGAACUUGAAUUUUUGUUCAUCCCCACCCUACUAAACAGGAUGCAUCAAGACACUAGUACUGAAUUUUGUUGCUAAAUUAUCUAGAAAUUCAAAAACCUUUAUUAGGUAGGCUUUGACUGAAGUAAGAGUGGAAAUCUCAUAAAGCUUGUGAUUUAGAAGAAAAUUUUGGCAAGAGAUUUUUAAUUUAAUUGUUUACUUGAUUGCUGGUUUUGUUUA